CGAUCCAGGUUGCGUUGCGCGCACAAGAACACGUGCGCUGGGCAAGACGCGCUGCAACACGGCGUGGAGUGCACAAUUGAAUUCGGAGCCGGCAAGAAGAUACCACGUGGAAUGUGCAAAGUGACAAUUUGUCACUUUAUAACAACUGUGCGGGUGAUAUAUGAUAAAAAUAAAUAAAAACGCGGUAUUAUAUUUUUUUAAAUCGCAACUGUUAUAACAGCAGUAGCGGGCGAUGGUAACCCGUGCGAUUAUUUAAUUUACGCUCCGCUCCGGAGUUUGAAUCCUUCAACCGCGCUGGGCCGAGAGUGGCGCUAGCUAGGCCCGUUUAACUUCUCGUCCACGGAUCCCGGGGGCUUUCGCAGAUUCCCGACUGUUCGGGCAGCUGGCGAAACGACCGCGGAUAAUCGGGAGCUGUCUUGCCCCCCAUUCAUUGGCAAAGGGGGGGAACCUGGGCGCUUGGCUUCCCUCCGCUCUCGUCCGCCGCCACCGCUCGGGGAUUUUAUCCAGCCACAUUGACCGUCGGCGACUUUGAGCGCCUCCAACUGGAGCCCGCGUCUCGCCGUGCUGAAGCUGCCCGCCUAGCGAUGCCAAACCGACUGCACCGUCACCUGCGAUUGAGGACUCGUUCACUGAUUGCGUGACGUCUGCGGAGCUGCUGGAGACUUACGCCCGACCGCUGCUUGUACUCGGCCGGCAACCGGUGGGUGGGGGUGAACUCCCUCUUCGCGGAGUUGACCCCCGGCCCCCCACGUGGUUGACUCUACUAAGGGUUGACUGCUCUGGGAACUGACCCUGCUGGAGUUUGACCCCCGUCUCGGAGUUGACCGUCUAUCUUGGAGUCGACGCCAGCCAAGGUUGAUCUCUCUCGUUGGAGUGGGCCCUCUUGUGUAGUUGACCUAGUCACGCUUGACACCUUUAGGGGUUAACACCGCUUAUGGUUAACCCUUUAUUGAUGUUGACCCCUAGGGGUUGACCCCGUCUUGGAGUUGACCCCCCAUCAUCAGCAGGGUUGACCACUCAGGGUUGACUAAUCUCUUGAGUUGACCCCUUCUUGAAGUUGACCCCUAUCAGGGUUGAACCCGUCUUGGAGUUGACCCCCAUCUCAUCAUCACCAUCAAGUCUGACCACUCAGGGUUGACUCAUCUCUUGAGUGGGUCCCCUUCUUGAAGUUGACCCCUCCUUGGAGUUGACCCCCCAUCAUCGCCAGGGUUGACCUCCUCCUGGAGCCAUGCGCCACCACCUCCGUGCGCUGUGUCUGUGCGCGGUGGCCCUGGGUCUGUGUGUGGCCGUGACCCAGGCGUCGCUGGGAGACCGGCAGCCCCACUACGCGCAGUGCGUGAAGCGGUGCACGCGGGGCAACUGCACGGGCCACGUGCGGCCCUUCUACAUGCCCUACACAGGCUGGCUGUGUGAGGAUGAGUGCAGAUACACGUGCAUGUGGGACACUGUUGCAUUAUUCCUCAAAGAAGGUCGCAGUGUCCCACAGUUCCACGGAAAGUGGCCAUUUGUUCGGCUAUUGUGCAUUCAGGAGCCCCUGUCUGCAUUGGCUUCACUGCUCAAUGGGCUCUCGUAUUACGCAGCAAUGGUUAUGUACCGCAAAAAAAUACCGUCCACGGCACCCAUCUACCAAACGGUCAUCGCUUUUUCUCUGAUUGGAAUGAACACUUGGCUUUGGUCAACAGUGUUUCACUGCAAAGAUACACCUUGGACCGAGAAAAUGGAUUACUUCUCUGCAACCUCACUCAUCCUUUAUUCCAUCUACUUCUGCUGUAUAAGGACGGUGGGACAGCGGCAUCCGGGUGCGGCGUCUGUCUUCGGAGCGGUCCUCGUGUCGUUCUUCGCCUACCACGUCUGGUACAUGGGCUUCGUCCGCUUCGACUACGGCUACAACAUCAUCGCCAAUGCUACCAUAGGUCUGGUGAACCUGCUGUGGUGGUUGGGCUGGUGCUUGCGAAGCCACCGUGAGCGACCAUACGUGUGGCGCUGUGCCUUCGUUGUGCUCUGCCUGCACGGCCUGGCGCUGCUUGAGCUGCUCGACUUCCCACCGCUGCUCUGGACCUUGGACGCGCACGCGCUCUGGCACAUCGGCACCAUCCCCCUGCCCUUGGUCUUCUACAGGUUUCUUAUCGAGGACAGUUUGUAUCUUCUGAAGGAACAGGAGCUCAAGAAGAUCUAUUGAUGGAUGGAGAAAAGAGAAUAGGCUGCUUUAUCUACUCUUAGCCGUGCCAAAUAGCACACACUAAGAUUCAUUUGUGUGUUUUUUUAAAUUCUGAAUUGCCACGCUAUUGGGUAAGGAGCUGACGAGUGUCAUGCUGGUGUUUACGAUCAAACUAUCCGGGGUAAAUCGCAGAAUGUUGUCUUAAACACUGUAGCCUUUAAGCCACUGUUUUCAAAGACAGUCGUUGUGCUCUUAUGGAUAGUUUCUCUAGCUUUGUGUUAAGGACAACACUUUUAAUUUUAUAUAUGCCAAUGCAGCACUGAUUAGGUCGGCUCUGUAAGUUUUUAUAAAUUCUUGAUUCAUGGGACAUGUUAAGGAAUCUCACAAAAAUACAGAUUCCUAUCGAUGAGGUGUAUUUUGUAAGCUGUUUCAAUGUGCCUCUAUGAUUCGGGGUGUCUUAUGAGCAGUGUGAUGUGUUUAUAACUUUUAUAUUGACUUGUAUUUUUUGAGGCCUUUACUGCUUUGAAUUAUAAGGUGACUGAGGUGUACACAUUUGUGGAGUUGCAGUAAAAAAAUGAGGAUCUAAUAAGGCACACACACACACUCUCGUCUGUCUAAUUUGUUCCUUUAGUACGCAUCAGCUAUUAUUUAUCCUCUGCUGGAUGAAGCCCCUCCCCCCAUGUAACCAUCAAGUUCCUUUGAUACCACAAGCCAUCUCCUGCACUUGAACCGAUUUCAGUCACUGCUCCAUAGUGGUCAUCAUCUCGGGUGUUUUCCGUCACCAUUUUUGUCCAUCGGCCAUCAUCCCCUCAAGUAACAUAUCUAGCCUAAGCCCACAAUGGUCAACAAAAUAAUUAGUUUUUUGAUCCAUGCGUUCCACUUUCAGUACGAUUCUCAACAUGCAUCGCUCCAUACUUCUUUGCUUAUUUUCAGCUUUUCCAUGUUUUUGUUGUUGUCAGAGUCCAUGUUUUCGAUCCAUAUAACAAUAAUUUCCUUGGUUCACCAAGGGGCUUCCUCAUGCAAUGGCAUCACAGAAUAUUUUAUCAUACUUCACGCUGACCGGUGCAGAUUGGUUGAUGGCGGGAAGCAUCGGGCAAAGAAGCACAAGACAAGGUUCCGUCCUGCCUCUACUGGACAUCUGUGUAAAAGAUAUUCAUAGCUCAUCGGAUUCCUGCAGGAUAAAUACAGAUUCUGAACAUGGGGUUUUUCUGCGAUGUCCUCUGCUGCCCACAAAGUAACCCGGUGGCCACCUAUAAGCUGGCGUGCAUGGAAGUAAACCCAUUCAAGCACUAUCCAGGCUCAACUUUGCUUAGCUUCCGAGAUCUAAUGAGGUUGGGUGCAUUCUGGUUGAUUUUGAUCAGUGAAAAUAUGUCUAAAUCUCUACUGGACUUUCUCGAGGUGGCAUCGGCGGGGUACAGUAAAACAAAUAUCGCGAAAAAGACAA